CGCAGCAAGAGGACAGGAGGGAUGCUGAAGCAGAAGGUGCGAUAACACACCAGGGAUUACAUACUUAGUGCAGCAUCCCUUCCAAUCCUGGAGCACUAUUUUUCCUUGAGGACUUCUUUUUGCCACCAUUUGAAGCCCCCCAUUGGGGUUUUAUUGUUUUGGAUUUGGGACAUAUAUGGGUUGCUGGUAGGACCCAGGACAGGUGACUUAGGAUGGCCGUGGCUCUGGACGCAGUGUGGGGAAGGGUGAAGAAUGUCUGCAAACAGAAUGGGCUCCUCAUCAUGUCGGUGUUGGCCGUGGUCAUCGGAUGUCUUUUGGGAUUUUUCUUGAGGACGCGGCGACUUACGGAGCAGGAAGUCAUGUACUUCCAGUUCCCUGGCGAACUGCUGAUGAGGAUGUUGAAGAUGCUGAUUCUCCCGCUGGUGGUGUCCAGUCUGAUGUCAGGACUUGCUGCCCUCGAUGCCAAGUGCUCCAGCCGCCUGGGUCUGAUCACUGUGUCUUACUACCUGUGGACCACCUUUGUGGCGGUUGUAGUGGGAAUCAUCAUGGUCUCCAUCAUACAUCCGGGCGGUGCUGCCCAGAAGGAAGACUCAGAAGACAGUGGGAAGCCUUUCAUGAGUUCAGCUGAUGCUCUGCUGGACCUCAUCCGCAACAUGUUCCCUGCUAAUCUCGUCCAGGCCACGUUCCAACAGGUGAGAGCCCUGAGAAUUAUGUGUAAUACUAUCAGGACACACCUUCUUCAUUCUCAAAAUGAUGUAUGUUUGCAGUAUCGAACCAGUAGCGAGUACAUCGUGAAAACCAAGCCAACACUGAGUCAGGCUCAGUCUGAGUCAUCCACUCGAAGAGCGCUCAUCUAUGGUAUCCAGGAUGACAACGGGACGGACAUUCAGAACUUUGCUCUGGACCUGACUCCACCACCAGAUGUUCUUGUCCGCACUCGAGAGGGAACCAGUGACGGGAUGAAUGUUCUUGGAAUAGUCAUCUUCUCUUCCACGAUGGGUAUCAUGCUGGGGCGGAUGGGUCCAAACGGAAGCGCCUUGGUCAACUUCUGCCAGAGUCUCAACGAGGCCGUCCUCAGAAUAGUUGCCAUCGUCAUUUGGUACUUCCCAUUUGGCAUUGUGUUUCUGGUUGCUGGUAAAAUUCUGGAGAUGAGCGAUCCCUCAGCCAUGGGGAAGAAACUGGGGUUCUACGCCGUCACCGUGGUGUUUGGACUCGUCCUCCAUGGCCUCUUCAUCCUGCCUGCCAUGUACUUCUUCAUCACCAAGAAAAGCCCCAUCGUCUACAUCCGGGGAAUCCUGCAGGCGCUGCUCAUUGCCCUGGCAACCUCAUCCAGCUCUGCCACGUUGCCUAUCACCUUCAAGUGCCUCCUCGAGAACAACCACAUCGACCGCCGCAUCAUCCGCUUCGUGCUCCCGGUGGGUGCCACCAUCAACAUGGACGGCACGGCUCUGUACGAGGCAGUGGCUGCAAUAUUCAUCGCACAAGUGAAUAAUUAUGAGCUGGACUUUGGCCAGAUCAUCACCAUCAGCAUCACCGCCACUGCAGCGAGCAUCGGUGCUGCUGGGAUUCCACAGGCUGGACUGGUCACCAUGGUGAUCGUGCUGACAUCUGUUGGUCUGCCGACUGAUGACAUCUCUCUAAUCAUCGCAGUAGACUGGGCUUUAGAUAGAUUCCGCACCAUGGUGAACGUCAUGGGCGAUGCUUUGGCCACGGGCAUCAUGGCUCACAUCUGCAGGAAAGACUUCAUGAAAGAAGGGGAUGGGGUGCCCUUAAUCUGUGAGACCAAACCAGUGAUGAGCACCCCUCCGCUCAUGAACUGUCACAACAACAAUGGCAACUUUCGUUUGAAACAUGAACUGGUUCCUCCUGAGGUGGCCCGACUCAUGCAGCUGGAGGAAGGAGUGAGGCCGCCAGGGGAGCGAAAGAAACCCACCGUCCCUCCAAGACACACGAAGAAGAGCAAAGAGACAUGCACUGUUGACAUGAAUGGCAUUGAGACUAACGUAUAGCCUUCAGGAGGUGGUAUGGACUGAGACACUCACCGGGCUCUGCAGAGGUGACCUGUACUGGUCUGAGUGCCAAGCUCCUCUGAAGUUGAAGUGCACAUAUAUGUAAACAAAGACCAACGACAAAGACGCUGAGUAGCAUCGUUAUGAAUUCGCAAGAUGAACUGAUUUUUAUUUACUGUUUUUUUACGGUUUAUUGGCUGUUUUAUCUAGUUCCUGAGAAGUGUUGUGUGAGGUCGCGACCUUGUCAGCGCAGGAGACUGGCGAAGGCAAAGUGAAAAGUCCUUUUGUGUAUUCUUGCCUUAACUCGACUGGUGGUGCUCAUCUGAGGGAAGGAAAUGAGUGGUGUGCAGAUUUGAAACUUGAUCUGCAAUAAUGUUUCUGAAAUAAUAAAAAUUAAAAAAUUGCUUAGUUGAAACAGAAAAUGUGACAGAAGGUUGGUGGACCUUGAUAGACAAAGCAGCAGUGGCGUUUCAAGUAAAUUAUUGUUAUUAUUAUUAUAUGAUUAUUCAGGCAGGAAAAAUAAAGAGGAAUAUUGAUAAAAUCUAGCUUUCAUGUCAAUUAAUGAAGAAACAAACAGAUGGGAAACUAAAUUUGAAUCGAGUGGAAACGUUUUGUUUGUGCCUUUACUUUGAUCUUGUUUUCUUUCACUGGCGGAUAUUCAAGUUCAGAAUUCAACCCUUUCCACCCUGCACCUGGUAUCUACUGGGUUACUGAGCUUUCAGCCACUCUUGUAUUGAAGUCCACUAAUAUUCCCCAAGUCGUGAGUAGCAUCACUAGAUUGGUCGUCUGCAAACAUUCAUCUGAAGGGGAAACUAUCACAUCCUUGGGAAGUAACUGCAUUUGUUUGGAUUUGUUUUUGUUUUUUUUUAACGUAUUGGGCUCGCGGGGCUGGAUAUAGAAAAGUAAUUGGGACUGAAUGGGUUACGUGGGAAUUUGGUCAACAUGCAGAGCCAAGACCAGAUGGGAAGACUGCUGUUCAACUGCAGUUCUUAGAGGUCACCGGAAUCCAGUCAGAGCAGAACACAUUGGCUAUUGGUGCGAGUGCUUGAACCAACCCGUGUCUUUGUGAUCAUUUAUAAAAAAGCAGCUGAUUAUGUAAAAUUUGAAAUAUGAAACAAUUUUUUGGAGGAUUUAUGAAUGGAAGGCCAAGCCCUGUACCGUUCAGUGAAGCCUUGCCAGGUGAAUGUAAGGCUAUGUAUGUUUCUUUGUGGCAGCCAAGGCGCAGUGUAGUCUCAACCUCAACUGAGGUGAACUCUGACUCUGAAUGAGUGUCAUAGUCGAACUACUGCUUUUGAGAGGGCCCAACAUCUUAUGUGUAUCACGACUGAUGCAGCCUGGUGAGAUCUCCAAAAACUGCUGCUUUGUAUGUGAACAGACUGUCUUCACGCUAUGAAUAUGGCUUUUCAGACUAAUAAAUUGUAUUUCAAAACGGCACUUUGGAAAUUAUGUAACCACUCAAGACACAUUAUGAAAGUGUCAUACUUAUAGACCUCAGACCAAAUGUGCGGAAAGUAUUUAAAUGGUUCCAGAAGUAAUAAAGUGUUACUCUCGGGAAGAAACGUGUCACUGAUGGUUUUCUUUUCACUUGAAUAUUCUGAGCCCCCAAUACAGGAAAGGCACUGGGUUAUUCGUUUUUAACUUGUUCUUGAUGUUUUUACAUUAUUACCAAUGUUUUGGUAUUGAGUAUAAUUCAGGAAUGUUGUGAACAAGGCGGGUGGAUUCCUUCAACACAUUGUAGCAUAUGUGGGAAUACUUGUGGAUAAGUGGGCAAAAUGCACCAAAAGGGUGUUAUAGC